AUGACGCUGGAAGACGACCAUUGGAAUGUAGUUAGAUUACGUAAAUUACGUAAGGGGAAAGAAAAAGAAGAGGAAGAGGAAGAAGAAGAGGAAGCAUCGAAAUCGGAAAUAUCCUUGGAUAGUUUGCACGAGGGCCCUUUUGCURAGGAGGACGAUGAAGACUUCGAUGCCGAUGUCUUGUCGAACACUAGCAGUGAAGACUCCUCGCAGAUGAAUCGUGUUUACGAUAUGAGAACGCCCGGUGAAUUAAAGGGUGCUGCUAUUGCUGCUGCUGCUACAGCUGCCGAUCAAACCACAGUUCCUGCUAUCUCAGAGUCGUUUGACACCUUGUCUGGCUCAAAGAUUGGUGGAACAGUCUUACCAAGUUUGGAAGGUUCGAGAUUAAAGGAUAGUGUAACUGCGACGUCUAUGAGAAAUGAUUCGAUUUCGCGAAUGGAUGACGUUAUAGAUAAAUGCGAGGGCAAGACAACUAAACUGAGGAUGUGGCAUGUUAUCAUGUUGACGUCGCUAGUUUCUAUGACUUUUUCGUACUUGGCCCUUGAGUAUUCUCUGACUGGUGAUGUAUUUGCAGGCUUCAAAUCGCAACAGUUACUUCGGAAUAAUGAAAGGAAAAUGUUAUACGGUAACAUUGACUUUGUCAAUAAAAACUCUUAUGAUUCAACCGGCAACUCUUUAAGUCAAUGGGCUCCCUCAGGGAAGUACUACGUCGAUUUCGACAACCAUAUAGCGUAUCCAUUAAAGGAUGAUGAGAUAAUGGGGUGGAAAAGAUACAAGGCUGAUCUUGUUAUUCUUUGGUAUACCACAAAGGCCAGAAUGAAAAACGGCUGGCAUAAGAGAAUCGACAAGUUAAACGGGGGGAGAAUGAAGUUACAUGCAGUUCUCAAGAAGGCUCUCACGUCCACCCGAAAAAAUUUGAUGAUAUUUCAUAAUGAACAAAAACACCACUGGCAAAAGCUAUUCACAUUAUGUCGAAAUAAGUAUAACCAAUUUUCUCCACGUCUAACGAAAUUCUUCAGGCAGUCUUUUCGAAAAACGAAGCAAUUCUGGUCAAGAUCCAGAUUGCAACUACGCAAGUUUCGCCUCAAUCCAAUGAAAUCAUUCCAGGUUUUCCGAUUUAAAGUUCGUAACGAUACUAACUGGUCUAUCAAACACUUGAAACAAUUAGGAAUGAAGGUCAAGCAUUCAAAAUUGUAUAAGUCAGUAUCAGAAUGCAAGAAAAAGAGCUACUUCAAAUGCAAACAUUAG